CCGUUACUUGCGACACAAAAAAGUUACUUCUUCCUAUACACCACUGCUCAUUAGGCGAUCGGAGCCAGCGCAACGGUUUACAGGACCACACCAGCGACAAGGCUCAGCACAUAGAAUCAAAAGUAAAGGAGAUUUUUUUUCAAUAAAAGUAAAGUUUAGAAAAUGCAAGUGCGGACUGGCAAGAAACGCGUGUGAAGUUUUUCAAAACUGUCCGGCAUCAUGAGCCGAUUGUCGUGCUUCGGUGUUCUUCUCAGGACGUCUAUUGUCCUAUAUCUGUUUCUCAAAUGCUCAGAAGCUCAAUUGCCUGAAGUCAUCAUGAACCUUACAGCCUCUGAAAUCACAACAUCAUCUGUGUUUCUGAACUGGACUGAACCGUUGGGAAACAUAUCCUUCUACAGAGUAGAAUGGACUGGUGGCACCGAUAUCAGUGGCAGUAACAAUACCAUAGGAACGUCUGUUAAUGUUACUGCUCUCACUGCUGGAGUGCAGUACCUCUUCACGGUCACUGCAGUGGCUGGAGAUAACACGACUGUAGGACAGAACGAGACCAUUUCUAAGUAUACAAAGCCCGCAAUCAUCAGAAACCUCAUGUUCACUGAAAUCACAACAUCAUCUGUGUCUCUGAACUGGACUGAACCAAAGGGAAACAGAUCCKUCUACAGAGUAGAAUGGACUGGUGGCAAUAUCARUGGCAGUCAGAAUACCAUAGGAACGUCUGUUAAUGUUACUGCUCUCACUGCUGGAGUGCAGUACCUCUUCACGGUCACUGCAGUGGCUGGAGAUAACACAACUGUAGGACAGAACGAGACCAUUUCUAAGUAUACAAGUAAGUAACUCAGAUAUUUUAGUGUUGGAUUGUUUCAAUGCCACAGAUACUAUUUGUAUUAAUUUAUACGUUAUU